GAUAACGCACGUAGGCAACUUCUGGUAUGUUUUGAGCAGUUGAUAAAACUGAUUCAUCUGUUUCAUCGCUUCACAUUGUAAGCGCGAGGCUACUGUUUACACAUGGCCACCAUUGUCCUUUGCAAAACGGCUCGGACUGCGACAAGGCAAUGUGCAGGCGCUCAUUUCAAGAGCUUAGCUUGUUCAAGUGGACCGCUAUCCUCUGCUCACAGUGUGCCCUGCACUUUGCUUCCGGGAGCGGGAUGGUUUUCCAGAGGCACUGGUGUUCGGCUCAUGUCCUAUGGGACCACGGGCAAAUCAGCGACCAGCCGAAUUGGGAGGAGAGCUUUGGCUCUCGGCGGAGCCGCUGUGGUCUCAGCUGCAGUAGCGGGUCUUGUAGCUAACGCAAGCCACUUUCAGCGGGCUGAAAUGGCAACGAGAGUCGUUCCAGUGCCGGAGGUGCGGGAGCAGGAGGGGGACAUCCUGGAGAGGUGCAGGGGGUUCAUGUCUCCACCAGUGACAGACGUGAACGUGCUUCAGAGAAAAAAGGAUGAAAUGCGGACCAGGAUGGAGAUGCUGAUUAUGGAGACCCAGGCCGAGUUUUGUAAAGCUCUAGAGGAGGUGGAUGGUGGCAAAUUUAAAGUGGACCGCUGGGAUAGGAGUGAAGGCGGUGGAGGAAUUAGCUGUGUGAUGCAGGAUGGGAAGGUGUUUGAGAAAGCUGGUGUUAAUGUCUCAGUGGUUUUUGGAAACUUGACGGAAGAAGCAGCCCGUCAGAUGAGGAGCAGGGGUAAAGUCCUCAAAGGCAAAGAUGGUAAACUACCAUUUGUUGCCAUGGGCGUAAGCUCUGUUAUUCACCCCAAAAAUCCUCACAUACCCACAGUACACUUCAACUACAGAUAUUUUGAGGUUGAAGAGGAAGAUGGUUCCAAGCAGUGGUGGUUCGGUGGAGGCACUGACCUAACUCCAGUUUACAUAAACAAAGAAGAUGCCCUUCAUUUCCACAAAACUUUAAAGGAUGCUUGUGAUAAACAUCAUUCACAACAUUACCCCAACUUCAAAGAAUGGUGUGACAGAUACUUCUAUAUACGGCACAGAGGAGAGACUCGUGGUAUUGGGGGAAUCUUCUUCGAUGACUUGGACUCCCCUAGUCAAGAGGAAGUGUUCAGCUUUGUAAAGAGCUGUGCACGUACUGUAGUGCCUUGUUAUCUGCCCAUUGUUUACAAACACCUGAAUGACUCUUUUACACAAGAAGAGAAAGACUGGCAGCAAGUGCGCAGAGGAAGGUAUGUUGAAUUUAAUCUGGUAUAUGACAGAGGUGUGAAGUUUGGAUUGGCAACACCAGGCUCUAGAAUAGAGAGCAUCCUUAUGUCCCUUCCUCUUACUGCCAGGUGGGAGUACAUGCAUGAGCCUGUCAAAGGGACUCGUGAGGCUGAAAUGCUGGACGUUUUACGAAACCCAAAGGAGUGGGUGUAAUAUGUUAAUGUCUAAAUAAUAUUUUUUACCAUUGUUGACCUGUUUGAUUUGAUCUAUGUGCCAAGCAGCUAAUACAUUAAAUAAAUAAAAUUUAAUUAUGUCA